AUGAAGCAUUUUAUCGUUUUUCUUAUUAUGUUCAUCAUGAUAAAUUGUAAAGGAUAAUCUUUUGAGUAGACAAUAAGAUAACGGUAUUAGCAGAAGCAGCUUACCAAUUAAAAGAUAUUUACAUAAAAUUAGUAUAAAACCCGACUAUUAUAAUAAGAUCAAGAUGAUUUAGUUGAACAUUAACAAAAAUUAUAAAAUAGUGAUAUGCUUGAAAAUAACGAAGAUUAGAGGAUUAAAGUGAAGAAAAUUGUUAAGAAGAGAAAGGUUAUCCUUAAACCUAUACCAGCUCCAUUAAAUGAGAAAGAAAUUCAUAGAAAAAAAAGAAAAGUCCAUAAAACAAUUUAAAAGUGCAAAAAAAUCAUAAAGGAUUGA